GCGCCCCCGCCUCUCUUUCAGUCAUGGCUGCCUUCAGUAAGAUUCCUCAUAACUGCUAUGAAAUCGGCCACACUUGGGAGCCGUCCUGUGUGCGUUCUGCGGUGGAUGUGACUAGAGGAGCGCUGGAAGUGUCCUUUAAGAUCUACGCCCCGCUUUACUUGGCAGCAGCUGUGUUGAGGAGAAGGAAAAAGGAUUACUAUUUUAAAAGACUUAUUCCAGAGAUACUGCAGUCUACCUCUUUCCUCACUGCCAAUGGUGGUCUCUACAUAGUCUUCUUUUGUGUCCUCAGGAAGUUGUUGGGUGGUUUUUACUCAUGGUCAGCUGGUUUUGGCUCAGCUCUACCUGCCUCAUACAUUGCCAUUCUCCUAGAACGCAAGAGCAGGAGAGGGCUUCUGACAAUAUACAUGGCAAAUCUUGCCACAGAGGCACUGUUUCGUAUGGCAGUAACUAGAGGCAUUGUGAAACCCAUCAAACAUGGAGAAGUGCUUUUGUUCUGCUUAACGGCAUCUCUGUAUAUGUUCUUCUUCAGGAGGAAAGACGGUCUUAAAGGCUUCGCUUUUUCAGCAUUAAAAUUCAUCAUUGGGAAGGAGGAGAUCCCAUCAAACCCAGCCACAGGUGACCAUAGUCACCCAAGACCACAGGAAAGACCAGCUGCCAUAGAAGCAGUGGAUCCACAGCCGUCAGCACAAAGAGCCAUCUCCAGGAGGAGAAGUCUGGUUGCCUACACAAGGGAACUGCUAGAUUUAAUAUGCAAACAGGGCCCAAGACACAGAUGUUGCAGGCAUCACCAUGAUAACUGCAUCUCCUAUUGUGUCAAAGGUUUCAUUAGGAUGUUCAGCGUUGGAUAUUUGAUUCAAUGUUGUUUAAAAGUGCCCUCCGCCUUCAGACAGUUGUUCUCCAAACCAUCACGUCUACCAUCUCUUUUCUACAACAAGGAAAACUUUCAGCUUGGAGCUUUUCUGGGCUCUUUUGUUAGUAUUUACAAGGGAACAAGCUGCCUAUUACGCUGGUUACGUAAUAUUGACGAUGAGCUUCAUGCCCUUAUAGCAGGCUUUUUGGCUGGAAUGUCUAUGUUCUUUUACAAGAGCACAACAAUAUCAAUGUACCUCUUCUCAAAGCUGGUCGAGACCAUGUACUUCAAGGGCAUUGAGGCAGGCCAGUUCCCUUACUUCCCUCAUGCAGAUACAGUCUUGUACGCCAUCUCCACAGCCAUCUGUUUCCAAGCUGCUGUUAUGGAAGUACAGAACCUCAGGCCAUCGUACUGGAAGUUUCUGCUUCGUUUGACAAAAGGGAGGUUUGCUUUGAUGAACCGCCAAGUGUUGGAUGUGUUUGGGACUCAAGCUUCCCAAGACUUUAAAGGUUUUGUUCCCAAAUUGGACCCAAGGUACACCACCAUCCCCAGCCAAUUACUUCCCCCAGGAGACGACAUUCAGCUGGGAUGACGAGGAACCUACCUUUUCAGUUUUUCUUAAACCUGACAGCUUGGUUUCAAAUUACUCACUAAACAUUUUGUCAGUGUGAAUAUAUAUUUUAGGAAUUGUGGUAAAAGUCCAAGACUGCUUAAAGCAAAAAAUCCAGUGUAACACUUGUACUUGGAUAAUGUAGCAUUUCUAAAAUAAACACUAGCAUUAAUUUGGGAGAUUAAUAGACUAUGACAAAAACCUCAAGUGUUAAAA